AUGAUAUUUGAGAAAACCGCAAAGGGAGACAAAGACUUGAAGAAGUGUUUUGAACUCAUCGACAUUGAGAUCGAGGAAAAAUCCUUCUUCGAUAAAAACGUCAGCGACGUCAAAAUUAGCAAAAGAGAGGAUGCUGUGGAGGAGCCCGACUUCGAGUCUGAUCCAGAGCCUCGACCAGGGAUGGAGGAGGCCAACCUAGGCUACUCUCACGUCCCUUACAAGAAGCCUGCCCUUAGGUGGAGUGCAUUCAAACGAUAG